AUGUCUGAGGAUCUAUUUAGUCAAGCAUUACAGAAUAAAAAUGAGGUUUUAAAUUUGGAGCUUCCGAAGGAUGAUAUUGACGUUGAUGAGAUUAGUGAUAGUGAUAGCGAAUCUGGAAAGGUCAUCGCAGAUUCCAAACAAGUUUUAUCCGAAGACAGCGAGGAGAGGGUCGAUUCCUCAAGUGGGACCGAUGAGAGCAGUGAUGAUUCUAGCGAAGAACAGUCGAGUAGUGACGACGACUCUGAAGUAGAGGGUGACCAGGAAGUUGAGGGCGAUGAAGAAGAGGAAGAAGAAGAAGAAGAAGAGGCUGGCGCAUCUGGUCCUAUCAGGUCCAAGCACGAAUUGACUGAAGAGCCCCUUAUUGAGAUACCUGAUGAUUAUAAAGUGGAUCCUAACACUAAUAUUUCAGAAGCCGGUUCCAUUCAGUCACUCUUUGAGAAUAAUGUCAUUAUCCAUUCCAAUAUGUCUGGUGAAAGGAGGGUCUUAAAGGAAGGAUCAAUAUUCUGUUUGGAAGAUCGUAACGUUAUAGGAACUUUAAGCGAAGUAUUUGGUCCAUUACAAAAUCCAUUCUAUCGUGUCAGUUUCAAAUCUUCAAGAACUGACAUUAAAAAGCUGGUCGAAGAAAAUACCGGCAAAAAGGUAUAUAUUGUUGUAGCUGACGCUACAUGGGUGGACACUUUUGAAUUAAAACGUUUCAAAGGUACAGAUGCUUCUAAUAAUUUUGAUGAGGAACUACCUGAAGAAGAACAAGAGUUCUCUGAUGAUGAACAGGAGGCUUUAUUUAAAAAGAAGAAAAAGGCUGAUAAGAAAAGAAAAAAAAAUACUGGUUCCAGCAGUAAGAAUGUUGAAUCGCAGGCUAAGAAACCUAAAGCUUCAUGGAAUAACAGUUCUAACCUCCCUCAAAUAAAACCUCCGAUGGGCAUGGUGUCCCAUGGUUAUAAGUCACGUAAUAAUCGUGAAUCAAAUCAAACGCAUCGUAACCAAAUUCCAAAUAGACAACAAGAAACUUACCAACACUCGUCCAAUAAUCAUCCAGCAUUGCAACAGCCAGCAUAUAAUGCAUACCAGCAACAAUCCAUGCCAAUGCCGCCAUUUCAACAACCACUGCAUCAAUUCAAUAAUCCAUAUGGCCAACAACCAAUGCCUAUGGCAAACCAGUUCAUUCCUCCACAACCUCAAUAUCCAUACCAACAACACUUUCCAAAUCAACCUCCUCACAUGGGUCAAUCGCUACCUCCCCACGGUCAGUACAACGGACUGCAACCACCACUACCUCAACCGCAGCAGCAACAACAAAACUUGCAGCAAGUAUACCAACUACAUCAACUGUUAAUGCAACAGCAACAGCAGCAGUCACAACAGCACAACCAUCCCACCGGGAGCCAACCUCCCCACAAUGACGCUCCCCCAUAUUAA